AUGCUCACUCACUACUUCAAUCGGAGGGGAGAGGUCGAAAACUCAUGCUCGAACCCGCUGCUUUCCAAAACCCUGAUUCAUUUCUAGCGAUUUCAAGGGUAUCUUGUCAGAUGCUGUACUUCUUUGCGAAGUGAGUUCAUUUUGGUGGAGUUGUAGGUAGAUAAAAUCAUGUAUAAUAACGGGCAAGAGAUGUGGAGCGACGGUAUUAGUAAUCCGGCGCCGCCGGGGACGAGUGUGGGUGGAGCGAUGCCGCCUGUUAUGGCGCCGCCUGGAACUAGUGGAGCUCAACCGGUUGCGCCUCCUCAGCCGCCAGUUCAUCCGUCUUACACUGUUGUGCCGACUGAGUCGCAGCUUGAUGAGCGUGCGAGGAAGUGGAUGCAGCUGAACACGAAGAGAUAUAGUGAUAAGCGGAAGUUUGGAUUUGUUGAGGCGCAGAAGGAGGAUAUGCCUCCUGAACAUGUUAGAAAAAUUAUUAGGGACCAUGGUGACAUGUCAUCAAAGAAAUUUAGGCAUGACAAGCGUGUAUAUUUGGGAGCUCUUAAAUUUGUACCCCAUGCUGUAUACAAACUUUUGGAGAAUAUGCCCAUGCCUUGGGAACAGGUCCGUGAAGUGAAGAUCCUUUAUCAUAUUACUGGGGCUAUCACAUUUGUUAAUGAGAUUCCAUGGGUUGUUGAACCAAUUUACUUAGCACAGUGGGGUACUAUGUGGAUUAUGAUGCGGAGAGAAAAGAGGGAUAGAAGACAUUUCAAGAGAAUGCGUUUUCCACCUUUUGAUGAUGAAGAGCCUCCCUUGGAUUAUGCUGACAAUCUUCUAGACGUAGAUCCUUUGGAGCCAAUUCAGUUGGAAAUGGAUGAGGAAGAAGAUUCAGCUGUUUAUACUUGGUUCUACGACCAUAAACCUCUUGUUAAGACGAAACUUAUUAAUGGACCCAGUUACCGGAAAUGGCAUCUCUCGCUUCCAAUCAUGGCAACCCUGCACCGACUUGCUGGACAGUUACUCUCGGAUUUAAUUGAUCGCAAUUAUUUUUACCUUUUCGACAUGGAAUCGUUUUUCACAGCCAAAGCAUUAAACAUGUGCAUACCUGGUGGUCCCAAGUUUGAGCCAUUGUAUCGUGAUAUGGAGAAAGGAGAUGAGGACUGGAAUGAAUUUAAUGACAUUAACAAGCUUAUCAUCCGAUCGCCUUUGAGGACAGAGUACAGGAUUGCCUUUCCCCAUCUUUAUAAUAAUAGGCCUAGGAAAGUAAAGCUCAGUAUCUAUCACACUCCAAUGGUGAUGUACAUAAAAACUGAGGAUCCUGAUUUGCCUGCAUUCUACUAUGAUCCUCUAAUUCACCCGAUAACAAGUACAAAUAAAGAUAGGCGAGAUAAAAAAAUUCAUGAAGACGAAGAUGAUGAUGAUUUUGUUUUGCCUGAGGGAGUUGAACCUCUGCUUACAGAUGUUCCAAUUUAUACUGACACUACCGCUGCUGGGAUUUCACUACUGUUUGCCCCACGGCCCUUUAGCAUGCGUUCUGGUCGGACAAGACGAGCUGAAGAUAUACCUCUCGUGUCCGAGUGGUACAAAGAACACUGUCCUCCAUCAUAUCCUGUCAAAGUUCGUGUCAGUUAUCAGAAGCUAUUGAAGUGCUUUGUGUUGAAUGAGCUGCAUCAUCGACCGCCAAAGGCUCAGAAGAAGAAGCAUUUAUUUAGGUCUCUUCAAGCUACCAAAUUUUUCCAGACGACCGAACUUGAUUGGGCUGAAGCAGGUCUCCAGGUUUGCAAGCAAGGGUACAAUAUGCUGAACCUGCUGAUCCAUAGGAAAAAUUUGAACUACCUCCAUCUUGAUUACAAUUUCAAUUUGAAGCCUGUGAAGACUCUUACUACUAAGGAACGAAAAAAGUCACGGUUUGGUAACGCCUUUCAUCUUUGUCGUGAGAUUCUGCGUUUGACAAAGCUUGUUGUUGAUGCAAAUAUCCAGUUCCGUUUGGGAAAUGUCGACGCAUUCCAGUUGGCUGAUGGGUUGCAAUACAUUUUUUCACAUGUGGGUCAGUUAACGGGUAUGUACCGUUACAAAUACAGACUCAUGCGGCAGAUUCGGAUGUGCAAAGACUUGAAACAUUUAAUUUAUUACCGCUUUAAUACUGGGCCUGUUGGGAAAGGUCCUGGAUGUGGUUUCUGGGCACCUAUGUGGAGGGUGUGGUUGUUUUUCCUUCGUGGCAUAGUUCCUCUUUUAGAAAGGUGGUUGGGGAAUUUGCUUGCUAGACAAUUUGAAGGAAGACACUCAAAAGGAGUGGCUAAAACUGUGACUAAGCAACGUGUUGAAAGCCACUUUGAUUUGGAGCUUCGAGCUGCUGUUAUGCAUGAUGUGCUUGAUGCCAUGCCAGAGGGUAUUAAGGCAAAUAAAGCAAGAACUAUCCUUCAACAUUUGAGUGAAGCAUGGCGAUGCUGGAAAGCAAAUAUUCCAUGGAAGGUACCUGGUUUGCCUGUUCCCAUUGAGAACAUGAUACUUCGUUAUGUCAAGUCAAAAGCUGAUUGGUGGACAAAUGUUGCACAUUAUAACCGUGAGCGUAUUAGAAGGGGAGCAACUGUUGAUAAGACUGUUUGCCGUAAGAAUCUCGGAAGACUGACCCGACUUUGGUUGAAGGCAGAACAGGAGCGCCAGCACAACUACUUGAAAGAUGGUCCUUAUGUCACCCCAGAAGAGGCUGUGGCCAUAUAUACGACAACUGUGCAUUGGCUGGAGUCAAGAAAAUUCUCUCCAAUUCCUUUUCCUCCUUUGUCUUACAAACAUGAUACGAAGCUCCUCAUUCUUGCCCUGGAGAGAUUGAAAGAGUCAUACAGUGUAGCUGUUAGGUUAAAUCAACAACAGAGAGAAGAGUUGGGGUUGAUUGAGCAAGCUUAUGAUAACCCACAUGAAGCUUUGUCACGUAUUAAGCGUCAUUUGCUUACUCAGCGUGCCUUCAAAGAGGUUGGAAUUGAAUUCAUGGACUUAUAUAGCUAUUUGAUUCCUGUUUAUGAGAUUGAACCCCUGGAGAAAAUCACUGAUGCAUAUCUAGACCAAUAUCUUUGGUAUGAGGGUGAUAAAAGGCACCUUUUCCCCAAUUGGAUAAAGCCAGCAGAUUCAGAACCACCACCACUAUUGGUCUAUAAAUGGUGCCAGGGCAUAAACAACUUACAAGGCAUAUGGGACACUAGUGAUGGCCAAUGUGUUGUGAUGCUUCAAACUAAAUUUGAGAAGUUCUUUGAAAAGAUUGAUUUAACCAUGCUCAACAGGCUUCUCCGUUUGGUUCUUGACCAUAACAUAGCUGAUUAUGUCACUGCAAAGAAUAAUGUUGUUCUAUCCUACAAGGACAUGAGCCACACAAACUCCUAUGGACUCAUACGUGGUCUUCAGUUUGCAUCAUUUGUUGUUCAAUACUAUGGGCUUGUCCUGGAUCUUCUCCUCCUUGGUCUGACUCGAGCUAGUGAGAUAGCUGGUCCACCACAGAUGCCUAAUGAGUUUAUUACAUAUCAUGAUACCAGAGUUGAAACACGACACCCAAUCCGUUUGUACUCUCGAUACAUAGACAAGGUGCAUAUAUUGUUCCGGUUCACUCAUGAGGAGGCUCGUGACCUUAUCCAGCGGUAUCUUACAGAGCAUCCAGAUCCAAACAAUGAAAAUAUGGUCGGUUACAACAAUAAGAAGUGCUGGCCACGGGAUGCUAGAAUGCGGCUCAUGAAGCAUGAUGUUAAUCUUGGUCGAAGUGUCUUCUGGGAUAUGAAGAAUCGGCUUCCAAGAAGUAUUACAACCCUUGAAUGGGAGAACAGCUUUGUCUCCGUCUACAGCAAAGAUAAUCCAAACUUGCUGUUUAGCAUGUGUGGUUUUGAGGUGCGCAUCUUGCCCAAGAUAAGAAUGACGCAGGAGGCUUUCAGCAACACAAGAGACGGAGUUUGGAAUCUCCAAAAUGAACAAACAAAAGAAAGGACUGCAGUUGCUUUCUUGCGUGUUGAUGAUGAACACAUGAAAGUGUUUGAGAACCGAGUAAGACAGAUUCUCAUGUCCUCAGGUUCCACAACAUUUACUAAGAUUGUCAACAAGUGGAAUACAGCUCUUAUAGGCCUCAUGACAUAUUUCCGAGAAGCAACUGUGCACACGCAAGAAUUAUUGGAUUUGCUUGUUAAAUGUGAAAAUAAAAUACAAACUCGAAUUAAAAUUGGGUUGAAUUCCAAGAUGCCUAGCAGGUUCCCACCUGUCAUCUUCUAUACACCCAAGGAAAUUGGAGGACUUGGUAUGCUGUCGAUGGGUCACAUUUUGAUUCCCCAGAGUGACCUUAGGUACAGUAAACAGACUGAUGUUGGUGUAACUCACUUUAGGAGCGGAAUGAGUCAUGAAGAGGACCAGUUGAUUCCCAAUUUGUAUCGAUACAUUCAGCCUUGGGAGAGUGAGUUCAUAGAUUCUCAGCGUGUCUGGGCUGAGUAUGCAUUAAAAAGACAGGAAGCCCAGGCCCAGAAUAGGCGACUAACCCUUGAGGAUUUGGAGGAUUCAUGGGAUCGUGGUAUACCACGUAUUAACACACUCUUUCAGAAAGACCGUCACACCCUUGCAUAUGACAAAGGGUGGCGUGUAAGAACAGAUUUCAAGCAGUAUCAAGUACUAAAACAAAAUCCAUUCUGGUGGACACACCAAAGACAUGAUGGAAAGCUUUGGAACUUGAAUAAUUAUCGAACUGAUGUUAUUCAAGCUCUUGGAGGUGUUGAAGGAAUUCUGGAGCAUACAUUGUUCAAAGGAACAUACUUCCCAACAUGGGAGGGUCUUUUCUGGGAGAAGGCUUCUGGUUUUGAGGAGUCUAUGAAGUAUAAGAAGCUGACUAAUGCCCAAAGAUCUGGGCUCAAUCAAAUACCGAACCGAAGGUUCACCCUUUGGUGGUCACCCACUAUAAACAGAGCAAAUGUGUAUGUGGGUUUCCAAGUGCAACUGGAUCUCACUGGAAUUUUCAUGCAUGGGAAGAUACCAACUUUGAAGAUAUCUCUGAUUCAGAUCUUCCGUGCUCACUUGUGGCAAAAAAUACACGAAAGUGUGGUGAUGGAUCUUUGCCAGGUUUUGGAUCAGGAGCUUGAUGCUCUGGAAAUUGAGACUGUUCAGAAGGAAACCAUUCACCCUAGAAAGAGUUACAAAAUGAACAGCUCAUGUGCCGACAUUCUACUUUUUGCUGCCCAUAGAUGGCCCAUGUCAAAGCCCAGUCUUGUGGCAGAGUCGAAAGAUGUGUUUGACCAGAAAGCUAGUAAUAAGUAUUGGAUUGAUGUGCAGCUUCGUUGGGGUGAUUAUGACUCCCAUGAUAUUGAGCGGUAUACCAGGGCCAAGUUUAUGGAUUACACAACAGAUAAUAUGUCCAUAUAUCCAUCUCCAACUGGGGUUAUGAUUGGAAUUGAUCUUGCAUAUAAUUUGCAUUCAGCCUUUGGAAAUUGGUUCCCUGGGUCAAAGCCAUUACUUGCUCAGGCUAUGAAUAAGAUCAUGAAGUCAAAUCCGGCAUUGUAUGUUUUAAGAGAGCGAAUAAGGAAAGGGCUGCAAUUGUAUUCUUCUGAACCUACAGAGCCGUAUUUAUCAUCUCAGAACUACGGGGAGAUAUUCAGCAAUCAGAUAAUUUGGUUUGUUGAUGACACAAAUGUGUAUCGAGUCACAAUACACAAGACUUUUGAGGGAAACUUGACAACUAAACCAAUCAAUGGCGCUAUUUUUAUAUUCAACCCAAGGACUGGUCAGCUUUUCCUGAAGGUGAUUCACACUAGUGUGUGGGCUGGGCAAAAACGUCUUGGUCAGCUGGCCAAGUGGAAAACUGCUGAAGAAGUUGCUGCUCUUGUCCGAUCAUUGCCUGUGGAAGAACAACCAAAGCAGAUCAUUGUGACACGGAAGGGAAUGUUGGAUCCCCUUGAGGUUCACUUGCUUGAUUUCCCAAAUAUUGUGAUAAAAGGGAGUGAGCUGCAGUUGCCUUUCCAAGCUUGUUUGAAGAUCGAGAAAUUCGGUGAUCUAAUACUGAAGGCCACGGAACCUCAAAUGGUCCUCUUCAACAUAUAUGAUGAUUGGUUAAAGAGUAUCUCAUCCUACACUGCCUUCUCCAGGCUUAUAUUGAUUUUGCGAGCGCUUCAUGUAAACAAUGAGAAGGCAAAAAUGUUGCUGAAACCUGACAAGACUGUUGUCACUGAGCCCCAUCAUAUCUGGCCCUCUUUAUCAGACGAACAAUGGAUGAAGGUUGAAGUUGCCCUCAGAGAUCUGAUUCUUUCUGAUUAUGCCAAGAAGAAUAAUGUGAACACAUCUGCGCUUACACAAUCUGAGAUCCGUGAUAUUAUUCUGGGAGCUGAGAUUACUCCGCCUUCACAACAGCGACAACAAAUUGCUGAGAUUGAGAAACAGGCCAAGGAGGCUAGCCAGCUCACAGCUGUCACCACAAGAACCACAAAUGUGCACGGAGAGGAAUUAAUUGUUACCACCACAAGUCCUUACGAACAGGCUGCAUUUGGAUCUAAGACCGACUGGCGAGUGAGAGCUAUCUCGGCGACCAAUCUAUAUCUCAGGGUGAAUCAUAUAUAUGUGAACUCAGAAGACAUUAAGGAAACGGGGUAUACUUACAUCAUGCCUAAGAAUAUUUUGAAGAAGUUCAUAUGCAUAGCCGACCUGCGCACACAAAUUGCUGGAUACAUUUACGGUGUAAGUCCUCCGGACAAUCCCCAAGUGAAGGAGAUCCGAUGUAUUGCUAUGCCACCGCAAUGGGGUACUCACCAGCAGGUGCAUCUCCCAUCAGCACUUCCCGAGCACGAAUUCCUGAACGACUUGGAGCCUUUAGGAUGGAUGCACACACAGCCAAACGAGCUUCCUCAGCUGUCUCCUCAGGAUCUUGCUGCCCAUGCCCGAGUCUUGUCCAACAACAAACAAUGGGAUGGAGAGAAAUGCAUAAUUCUGACUUGCAGUUUCACUCCUGGUUCAUGCUCUUUGACUGCCUACAAGUUGACCCCAUCAGGAUACGAAUGGGGGAAGAGCAAUACCGACGCUGCCAACAAUCCCCACGGCUACCUGCCAACGUACUACGAAAAAGUCCAAAUGCUCUUGAGCGACCGGUUCCUUGGUUUCUACAUGACACCCGAUAACGGUCCUUGGAAUUACAAUUUCAUGGGAGUGAAGCACACUGUAGGUAUGAAAUUCGGCAUGAAGCUUGGCACGCCCCGUGAAUACUACCACGAGGAUCAUCGGCCCACUCAUUUCUUGGAAUUCAGCAACUUGGAGGAAGGCGAAACAGCUGAGGGUGACAGGGAAGACACCUUCACGUAAUUGGCUUUUUUUACUAUCUUCCUUCAAACGACACAUACCUAUAUAUAUAUAUAUAUUAUAUUGCUUAAAUGCAAGCAUAUGAUAUGUCUUGUACUCAAAGUAUAUGCUUUUGUAUCCAUUUCACUUUCCCUUUUAUGUACAAUUUUGUAGUGUGCUAUAACUGCUAAGUAUCCUACAUUCGUGAUUUUAACAUGUCAUCAGUUCAGUAGUGA